AUGAACUCCACCUUGCUGCAAUGCGUUAUCUGCCCUGAGCAACCUCGGUUCAGCGACAGCUCGCACCUUCUGACUCAUGUUGCCUCCAAGGCCCAUCUGUCCUACUACUUCAAGCUUCAAGUUCGCAGUCAACUGGAACCUGAAGCCACCGAGCUCCUUGCAGAGUACGACAAUUGGUAUAGCACCAAUGGCCUCGCUCAAUUGUUGUCUGAGAGGAUGACGUCCAAGGAAGAUCGAAAGAAAAAGAGGAGAUCACAAACGAAAGAGACAGUCAAAUCCAAUGGCCAGCGUACGCAGACAAGGUCGCAGCGGUCGAAUUCAAAAGGAACACCCUCUCCUGAAGGUUCCGAAGGUGCUGAUUUCCCUGACUUCCUGGACCCUCGCCUGGUGGAGUCCCCAGAACAAGAGAAGAAUGGUAUGAGUACCCAUGACGCGUCGUUGAUUUCAAGCUUCACCACGUCGACUACGCCUGUGUUGCCCCAUGCCCAUACCGCCGUGCAAACAAUUACCGGCUCUGUUCUGACUUCAAUCACGCCAACUGAUACUCCGAAGCGCAAGGAGCACGAGGAAGACCGUGGAGACACCGAGAAGCCCUACCCUGCUUUGCCAGAAACUCCGAAACGCGUUCGGACCAGAGGCAGACCGAGUCAAUCAUCCUCCAUGGGCCGCAAGAAGCCAGACCCCUUUAUGGAUGAUGAAAUGCGCACUGAAGUUUUGGACGAGAUCGAUGCUGACAAGGAGCGGGCAGAUGAAAUGGCCAGACUCAAGGGUGUUUUGUGGCCGGGCAUGGACAUAUUCGAUUCUGCGACCCAGCAGAUGCGACGCAAGCGCAACCAAAAGAAGGAUCAAAGCGUGUUGAAGAUGAUGGAGAUGACAUCGUUGCAAGUGGAACCUACUGAGCUCAUAUUUUCGCCGACCGGGUCCUUGCAGAAGCAGCGUGUCAUUUCCGGGAAUGUUGAAGAUUACAGCCCGUUGAAAGGCGAGACACCCAUUCCAAAGAGACGCAUGGCACGUCCUAAGAAGCAAGUUCUUCGUCGGGUAGACCCUAACGUGCUCCACGCCCAAGACAGAAAGAAGUCCAAAAAAACCGCCAGCAACAACCGUAAAAAGACGCCCUUGGAAAACUUUGAUAACAAUGACGGAUCCCCUUGCCUGUUGCCUCGAGGCUUGAAGGGUAUGAAUUCGGCAUAUGAAAAUGACAGCGAGAUUGGACUCGCUGCACAAGCGUUUGGAAAACGACGUGGUGCAAUUACCAUCUUUGCUGAUGAAGAUGGGCCAGACCAAUUCCAAGUUCCCAAGCUCCCACGGGACACCUUGACUCCGGCUCGUUUGAUUCUGGACCACAAGUUAGAUAUCAGCAAUCAGGUGGCGAAGCCUGCCCAACCUACCCAAGACAAGGAAAACAUCGAGCCUAUCAUGAACACCCAUGGUCGAAUUGAUUUCCCCGAUUGGAACUCACCUUUCCCAAGACAAAGCGACACUGACAAUGCCGGCUAUGCACCUCGAUACUACUACGAUGAGGCGACAUAUGGCGGUAUCGGUCCCGAUGAUGAACUUGGAAAGAUUGGACAUCGAUCCAACCCUCUGGUCGCCCCGGACUCAAAGUUGGGAUACUAUGAAGCAAGUUCAUAUGGAAACAAUGAGACAAUGAACGCCAAUGACUGGACAAAUGCCCACAUGCAUCACCGGGAGGCCUCUUCCGAGGCGACUAUUUCCGAACAGGAUCAGCAUGACCUUGCUCAGCUGUAUUUAGCCACCAACGCAGAUUAG